UUCGCGACACUCACAACCGCAGUCCAGUCAUGGCCAUGGUGGUGAGUGUGUGGAGAGACCCGCAGGAAGAACUGGCACCAGGGGGAUCCCUGGAUGAUCACACCGGACCGGGGAGAGACCACCACCAUCACCAGCAGCGCCCGGGCGCAGCCUCGCAUUCUCCCAACACUGGACUCUCCUCGGCGGAGGAUAAAGGACAGAACUCGGCACAGAAUCAGCAGCACAUUGAGUGUGUGGUUUGCGGGGAUAAAUCCAGCGGGAAGCAUUACGGACAGUUCAGCUGUGAGGGAUGCAAAAGUUUCUUCAAGCGCAGUGUCAGGCGGAAUUUAACGUACACGUGCCGUGCCAACCGAAGCUGCCCGGUGGACCAGCACCACAGAAACCAGUGCCAGUACUGCCGGCUGAAAAAAUGCCUGAAAGUGGGCAUGAGACGCGAAGCGGUUCAGCGAGGAAGAAUGCCCACGAAUCUGCCGACACCGGGCCAUUACGCACUGACCAAUGGAGAUCCCCUAAAUGGCCAAUAUUAUCUAUCCGGAUACAUCUCUCUCCUGCUUCGGGCUGAGCCAUAUCCAACAUCCAGAUAUGGAAACCAGUGCAUGCAAUCCGGUAACAUCAUCGGCAUAGAGAACAUCUGCGAGCUGGCGGCCCGUUUGCUCUUCAGUGCGGUGGAAUGGGCCAGGAACAUCCCUUUCUUUCCUGAUCUCCAAAUCACGGAUCAGGUGUCUCUGCUUAGACUCACCUGGAGUGAACUUUUCGUUUUAAACGCCGCGCAAUGCUCCAUGCCUCUCCACGUGGCUCCACUCCUCGCCGCCGCCGGUCUUCACGCGUCCCCGAUGUCCGCGGACCGAGUCGUGGCCUUCAUGGAUCACAUCCGAUUCUUCCAGGAGCAGGUGGAAAAACUGAAGGCCCUGCAGGUGGACUCGGCCGAAUACAGCUGUGCCAAAGCUAUAGUGCUCUUCACAUCAGAUGCAUGCGGCCUUUCGGACGUCCCGCACAUUGAAGGCCUUCAGGAGAAAUCUCAGUGCGCGUUAGAGGAGUAUGUGAGGGGUCAGUACCCGAACCAACCCACUCGCUUCGGCAAGCUGCUGCUGAGACUCCCGGCGCUCCGUAUGGUCUCUUCCUCCAUCAUAGAGCAGCUUUUCUUCAUUCGGCUGGUGGGUAAAACGCCCAUUGAAACGCUCAUCAGGGACAUGCUGCUGUCUGGGAGUAGUUUUAACUGGCCCUACAUGUCCAUUCAAUGAGUCAGGAAGACGAGGAUGAGAAUGGAGACAUUUGGUGAGCAUUUAUAGACAAUAAAACGGGACAAUGCACUCGACUGAAAUCUCUUUCAAUGUCAGUUUAUAUAAACAAGUGAAAAUGUGAAGCUUCCUUUAUUCUCUCUUGAAUUAUUUCUCUUAAAAAAACGUUUCUUGCAUAUCUUCAGCAAUGUGUAAUGGUCCCUUUACUAAUAUUUCAAAAUGUCUUAAUUUUUGUUAUUUGAAUGGGGGUUUAUUUGAUCCCAAAUGACAGUGAAACAAAAUCGCCAUUGAUGUUGCACUCGUUUAAAAACGUUACAACGAAAUUACAAAGUUUAUUUGAACUGAGAAGCGCAGAAAAUGUAUUUACCAAUCAUUUAUUUGAUCAUAUUUAUUUUCCUGCCCAUAAAUUACACUAAAUGAGCUGAACAAUCAACCACAGCAC